GCAUCAUGAAUGCAGCGAAGAGGGAGAGGAGCAAAGGCGCCCAGCAACUGGACUGCCUUACCAAGGAGAUCAGUGGUCCACUGGGUCGCUACGUGCGGCUCUUCCCCCGUCGCUCCCACCUGCACCCUUCGAGCGCUCCCUGGUGGAGCUAACCCUUGGAGAGGGCGUGUACGAGGAGGUGCUCUCUCGGGUGGACGCCCUGCGCAAGAGGGUGCUGGACGUGGGCAAGAACGCUGCCAGCCUCGUCAACAAGACGAGCACAGUGAAGGAGGCGGAGCAGGCCACAGCACAGGGCAUGGCACAGGUGGAGGAGCUGUACACGCGCAACAGCCAUGUGGUGGAGCGACUCAAAGACAUCACCAAGAGGCUCCGAGCCAUACCGGUGGUUCGGCCGGACCUGCCCACGCUGUGUCUGGUGGGGGCGCCCAACGUGGGCAAGUCGUCCCUCGUGCGCGCCAUCUCCUCUGGCAAGCCCGAGGUGUGCAACUACCCAUUCACCACGCGGGGCAUCAGCAUGGGUCACUUCUAUGUGGAUGGCCAGAAGCACCAGGUCACAGACACACCAGGCCUGCUCUCCCGCCCUGAUGAGCAGCGCAACAGUAUUGAGCUGCUGACCAUAGCAGCCAUCACCCAUCUGCCCACCGCCGUGCUCUUUGUUCAUGACCCCUCCGAGGAGUGCGGUGUGAGCCGGUUGAAGCAGUAUCAACUGUACAGUGAGAUAAAGACAAGGUUUGCCGACCGCGUGUGGAUCGAUGUGAUAUCCAAGUGCGACCUGCCUGCUGCUGCUCCCACGGAGGAGCCACCAGAUAGCCUCCCAGAAGACCAUGCCAAGAUUUUGUCAGAGGGGCUUUUAGAGGGGGCGAGUCAGGAUAGCAGGAGUGAGGGCGAGGAGGGUAUGGGCUCUUGUGGAGAGGCAGGUGGGAGCAACGAUGGGCAGCAGCAGUCGCAGCAAGGAGGAGGGGUUAGCGGCACCGAGGGCAGACAGACAGGUGGCAGCAGCAGCAGUUGUGAUCCGGACAGCAGGGACACUGCUGCGGUGCUGCUGGGCGGAGCUGAGGCAGGGGGGGAAGCACUCGGGGAGGAGACCGCAGCAGUAGACGUCCCAGCAACUGGCAUGGCAAGCGUUGCGGCAUGGGAGGAGUACAAGGCUCACGGUGGGCCUGCUGGCGCUCUGAGAGUGUCAACCGUGGCGGGUGUUGGUGUGGAGGAGUUGGUGCAUGCCAUACAGGCCAUGCUGUGUGCGCCCUCCCUUGCAUCUGCUGAGCCAUUCCCGCCUGCACCGCUCCUCACCCCGCCCACUGCCACACCCUCACAACCACUGCCACCAACUCAAGAUGCACAUGCGGAAGGUUCCAUGCUGUUUCCAGAAGAUGCUACAGGGCAAACUAUUGUUGUAUCAUUGCUUUCCAUCGCCGUCAGUAUAUAUCUCCUUAUUAACUACCAACAUCCGGAUGACUCGAACCAAGCGUAUUUUCCGAAGCUUGUCGUGGUCAUUGGUCUUACGCUUGCGCAGCUUUCAGUUCUCAUGCUUCCUGCGGACGUUUCCAACAGGCAAAGCUGCAUUAAUGGCUUUGUGAACGGAGAUUGCUCCGAGACUCUGCCCAUGAGAACUCUGUGGUACAUCCUUUGGAUUGCAAUAUGCGCCAUGGUCUUCGUCAUCAUCCCUUUCUCCAUCUUCUUGUACGAGGGAGAUGAAGAAAAAGGUACCGGAAAACGUGUAUUGCUCGCGAUCUUGUGGUGUCUUCUGUCCGUAUUUGUGUUCGGGGGGCUCCUUGGGAUUCUUUAUGGAUUCGUUGGCUACGUGGAGUAUCCUGUAAAGAGGCUGGUAUCUGCGACUAUUCCUAUAACAAACGACUUUAGCUCGCUUGGUAGUCAGGCUUCCUGUGUUUCCUUGUAUAAUACUGGUCUGGGCGCGUGUUCUUCUUAUUCUUCCCCUCAAGGAUCCAAGACCACAUGGACACUGAGGGUCUCGUUUCCAAAAUAUGUCAUUGCAUUAUUCACGAUACUGGGGUCUCUCUUAUUCUCUGUAUGUAACGAAGUCUCCUUCUCCCUCUUCAUCAGAUGCUCAUACUCACUGACGCCUGUGUUAGUACAGUUUUUUGGUGGUGUUGGCAUAGCCGUUUUGCCACUUUCAUGUAUUCUGUCCUUUCUGAGGCGUCCAAGGGCCACAAUAACCCGUUCGGAAUACAUUAAGGAAGCCACAGCAAUUGGGAAGAAAGCCAAGGAAAUACAUGAACUUGCUGUUACUCUUCAGCAGGAGGAGAGAAGUGGAGGCAAAACUUGGGCAUGGAGGCGGAAUGCAAAGAAGUUGCAGCAGGCGCUUUUCCAUUUGGAAGAGGAGGAAGCUGAGCUUCGAGAAAGAUUCCCCCAAGGAGAAGAAGCAGAGAUGUUCUGGGCUAUGACUGUACUUGUUUACAUUGGGAAACUAAUAUUUGGAGUCAUUGGGCUUGCCAUUUCUGUUGCUUGGAUUGUGCAUAUUAUCCUAUACAUGCUCAUUCAGCCGCCAGCAUCGGCUUUUCUGAACGAUUUUUUCAUAACCCUCGACCGGUGGUGGGGACUGCUUGGAACAGGGGCAUUUUCUAUUUUUUGUUUUUACCUCUUCCUGGCUGUAAUAUCAGGGGAGAUGUACCUUGGUCUCAACAUUUUGAUCCUUUCAAUUCAUCCCAUGAGGUGGAAUGCUACCCUCAUGAGCUCCUUCUUAUUUAACGUGGCCCUCAUACUUUGCUGUGCAACGAGUGCAAUACAAUUUUGUGCGAAGGCCUUUGCUGCAUAUGCACAAGAAACAGCAGUGCAGGAUAUAUUUGGUCACACGCUAGAAAAUCUUCAAGGCAUACGCUACUUAUACGUGUUCAACUUGUUCCAGUAUAUCUUCAUCGUCAUGUUUGUUGUGACAUUCAUUUACUUCUUGGCUGUGCAGUAUGGUUGA